AUGGGCUCAAGAAGAGGAUAUAAGAAGGAAGAGGAGGAUUUUCUGAAAAAGCUUGUGAAUAGUGUCAUUGACCAAUUUUUCAAGGAAUUUAGCCAUCAAAGCUCCCGCCUGGCCCCUCCUGAUAAUCAACCUCCGGAGUCUGAAAAAGAAUACUCCGAAUACAUCUGGACUUUCAUUGAGAAAAAUCUGUCAUCUUUCUACCAACCAGGAAAUCCAUUCGUAGAAGAUCCUGUUCGGGAGGCGGCUGCUCGGGCGAAACAGCUCACAGCGGAGCUCGACUUGGAACCCAAGCUAACACCAAAAGUGGUGACGCUGGCAUUAUAUGACUUUGUGAUAUUUUGUGACGAUAGUGGUUCAAUGCAAACCGGAAAUCGUGUUGCGGUGCUGGAAGAUACUUGCCAACGAGUUGCCGAUAUCGCAACCUUUCUCCAACCUCAAGGAAUAUCUCUGCGUUUUAUAAACAACGACGACAAAUUUGAUGGGUCGGUGGAUAAAAACGACAUCAGGAAGAAGGUACAUGGUGUUCAGUAUACUGGAAUGACUCAACUGGGGACAAUGUUGCAAUCCAAAAUCAUCAAACCGUUGAUUGUCGACAAGAUAAAGGCUAGAAAGUAUACGAAACCGCUACUUGCAAUAAUCAUCACUGAUGGAUGUCCAACCAUCGAACCCGAGAAGUGUUUGCAAGAAGUCCUGAAAUGUAAGCAGAUUUUGGAUCAACAUCACUUCAGCCCAGCCAGCGCCGUCUUCCUUAUAUCUCGUGUUGGUGACGACCAGACGCAGAAGAAUUCCUGA